GACCCUGCUCUAAUGGCUGCAGGAGGCUCUGCCCGCGGUCCGCCAUACCGGGUCCUGGUCCGUGCGUCCGAGAGCUGCUCUGGACUGGAGAAGAAGCUGCAGAAGUAUUUCCAGAGCCGGAGGAAGUCUGGGGGAGGAGAGUGCACGGUCAAAGCCGGCCCAACCGAAGGCACUUUCUGGGUAGAGUUUUUGGAAAGAGAAGCCAAGGAAAGAGUGAUAGCAAAGGGAGAUCACACUGUGGAAGUCAGUGCUACAUCACAUGUAAAAGUCUUCCUAGGAACAAAUGAAACCUCAGGAGAGAAGAACUCUUUGGAGAUAAGCUGGCCUUCCUCCCAGACUCAGUCACUCCCAAAGGAAUUUCUAGAUGAGCAGCAUCCAGAAGAAGGAGAUGCUUCUGGCUCCUCUGAUUCCAUUAUUCAAAAGAUAUUUCUCCUUCUGGAGGCCUACCUGAACAUCAAAUUUUCUAAAGAACAAAGGAAGAAAAUUAUUAACCUCUGUCCCAACCUCAAAAUAGAGGGAGGUCGUAAUGGAACUGAGAAAAUGACUGGUGACUACCAAGAUAUUGAAAAAUUUUAUCGAUUCUUAAGUGAGAAGAUCCUGGAAAAUGACCAGAAAGAUUUUCCCCACUCCAACUCAGCAAGAGAAAUUGAGAAAAUUAUGCCAAAUGACUGGAAUAGUCCUAUUCUUCACUCAAACCCAAAACACACAACAGAAGAGCUGGACUUCAUCUCUGUUCCUUCACAUUUGUAUGAAUAUUUUAAAUAUUUCUUUGCUGAAACUCUAGACAGAAUAGAAAAAGAGCACACAGUACAUAUCAAAAUUACUUUGGCAUAUCCUGUGGACAAUGUUUGUUUAGAUUUCGAGACAAGUAAGUCUAAGGACAGAAAAGCAGCUCAAGAAGCUUUUACCAGAGCAUUUCAGAGGGAAAUACGGAAUGUGACCUCUCAGGAAGUUCAUUUCGCAGAUAAUCAGCUAGCACUUGAAGUCCAAAAAUCACUGGCUGACAGGUUUAAAAACCUCCAUAUGAGAGCUGAAGAAAAAGUAUUGAUUCUCCUGGGAAACCCACAGGAUAUUUUAGAAGCUAAACAUUUCAUUGAAGCAAACUUCUCCCACAAACAACCUGUGAAAAUAAUGGUUUCCAAAAACACAAUUAAUAAUGGAAUUGAGGUUGAUACUUCUCACUUGCAUCUUCUGCACCAAGAAAUCAUAGAAAUAGAGAAAAAAUAUGACACUGCAACAGAAAUGGUGAACAAACCCCAAACUGGGAAAACUAUCCUUCUGUUUACACCAAAAGAUAAAGACUCAGAAAGAGAGGAGAAGAAGGAAGAGAAAGAGGAGUGUGUCAUCUGUAUGGAAAAUAUUCGAGACAAAGUAGUCCUCUCAAAGUGCAAGCAUGUGUUCUGUGGUCCUUGUAUCAGAGAGGCCAUGCAACAUAAGCCAGUGUGCCCUUUAUGCCAGACUUACUAUUGUUUUGGGAAAGGGAGUCAGCCAGAUGGAAAAAUGACUUGCUGUUACUGGACUGAUUCACUUCCUGGUUAUAGUUCAUGUGGCACUAUUGAGAUCCAUUAUGACAUGAGUGGAGGCAUACAGAUGGAAUGUCAUCCCAAUCCAGGAAAAUGCUAUGAAGGAACAAGCCAGGUGGCAUACUUGCCAAAUAAUAAAGAAGGACGGCGAGUUUUGAGUCUCCUCCAAAGAGCUUUUCACCAAAAGUUGAUUUUCACAAUAGGACAGCCUCAGACAUCAGGAACAACUGAUGUGAUCACUUGGAAUGAUAUUCACCACAAAACUCAGCCAUUCGGUGGACCAGAAAACUGUGGUUACCCUGAUCCCAGCUAUCUGGAACGAGUCAAGAUGGAACUGAAGGCAAAAGGGAUUGAAUAAGAGUGCUGACUAGAAGGAUACCUUGAGAACUGGGCUUGCAAAUGCUGUAGCUGUGGAAAGGAAUCCAAGCAUUCAUUAAAAUAUGUGUGUAUAGGCACCA